GAAAAUGUUAGCCUGUGUUGUUAAAUCUGGACGCAACGGAGAAUUUUGCGACUAGGAAAUAAGACUGCUACAUCUCUUAAAAAGAUUCAGAUGAUCAAUCCAAUUUUACAUCGUUUUCUUUACUUUUGUGUUCCAAAAUAAGUUUGUGUAUUGGGUACACCCAAGGAGAAAGUUAGCUCGAUUUUUCUCGGAGUGAUGUCGAAUCCUGGGACUCGAAGGAACGGGUCCAGCAUUAAAAUCAGACUGACAGUAUUAUGUGCCAAGAAUCUAGCAAAGAAAGACUUCUUCCGCUCAUGUGUUUCUGUCACAGGGUUACCUGACCCUUUUGCCAAAGUCGUGGUCGAUGGCUCAGGUCAGUGCCACUCCACAGACACAGUCAAGAGCACACUGGACCCCAAGUGGAACCAGCACUAUGACCUGUACAUCGGUAAGACGGACUCCAUCACCAUCAGCGUGUGGAACCACAAAAAGAUCCACAAGAAGCAGGGCGCCGGCUUCCUGGGCUGCGUACGCCUGCUCUCCAACGCCAUCAGCCGCCUCAAGGACACUGGCUACCAGCGGCUGGACCUGUGCAAGCUCAACCCCUCAGACAGUGAUGCAGUCCGCGGCCAAAUUGUUGUGAGCUUGCAGACCCGCGACCGUAUUGGCAGCGGGGGACCCGUGGUGGACUGCAGGGGGCUGUUAGAAAAUGAAGGGCCGGUGUUUGAGGACUCAGGCCCCGGGCGGCCCCUCAGCUGCUUCAUGGAGGAGCCGCUGCCCUACACGGACCCCACCGGAGCUGCCGGCGGGGGCAACUGCCGCGCUCUCGAGUCGCCCAAUCAGGAGCAGAGGCUCCAAGCACAACGCGUUCGUAACCAGGACUCCCGGGGCCACGCACACACGCCCCAGAACCGGCCACACGGACACCAGACGCCUGAACUGCCCGAGGGCUAUGAACAGCGUACCACGGUGCAGGGCCAGGUCUACUUCCUGCACACACAGACCGGCGUCAGCACGUGGCACGACCCCAGGAUACCACGGGACCUGAACAGUGUGAGUUGUGAGGACCUGGGGCCCCUGCCCCCAGGAUGGGAGGUCAGGAGCACGGUGUCAGGAAGGAUUUAUUUUGUGGACCACAAUAACCGAACAACACAGUUCACCGACCCCAGGUUACACCACAUCAUGAGUCAACAGUCUCAGGUGAAGGAGUCGACACAGGCUCUCCCGGUGCAGAUGGAGGUCCCGGUGGAGGAGGGGGGAGAGGGCGGCGAGGUGCCCAUGCGCUACGAGAGAGACCUGGUACAGAAGCUCAAGCUGCUACGCCACGAGCUCAGCCUGCAGCAGCCGCAGGCCGGACACUGCCGCAUCGAGGUGUCCCGGGAGGAGAUCUUCGAGGAGUCGUACCGGCAGAUCAUGAAGAUGCGACCUAAGGACCUGAAGAAGCGGCUGAUGGUGAAGUUUCGUGGAGAGGAGGGCCUCGACUACGGAGGGGUGGCCAGGGAAUGGCUGUAUCUGCUCUGCCAUGAGAUGCUAAAUCCAUACUACGGGCUCUUCCAGUACUCCUCAGACAACAUCUACACCCUGCAGAUCAAUCCAGACUCCUCCAUCAACCCUGACCACUUGUCGUACUUCCAUUUCGUGGGGCGGAUCAUGGGCCUGGCGGUGUUCCACGGCCACUACAUCAACGGCGGCUUCACGCUGCCCUUCUACAAGCAGCUGCUGGGGAAGCCCAUCACGCUGAGCGAUCUGGAGACCGUGGACCCCGAGCUGCACAAAAGCCUCGUCUGGAUCCUGGAGAAUGACAUCACCUCUGUGCUGGACCACACAUUCUGUGUAGAGCACAACGCCUUUGGCAAGUUCCUCCAGCACGAACUCAAGCCCAAUGGCAGGAACAUCCCUGUGACUGAGGAGAACAAGAAAGAAUACGUCAGGCUCUAUGUAAACUGGCGGUUCAUGAGGGGUAUCGAGGCCCAGUUCCUGGCGCUGCAGAAGGGCUUCAACGAGCUCAUCCUUCAGCAUCUCCUCAAGCCCUUCGACCACAAGGAGCUGGAGCUGAUCAUUGGCGGGCUGGGCAAGAUCGACCUGAGCGACUGGAAGGCCAACACGCGGCUGAAGCACUGCGUGGCGGACAGCAACAUAGUCAAGUGGUUCUGGCAGGCCGUGGAGUCCUUUGACGAGGAGCGCAGGGGGAGGCUGCUCCAGUUCGUCACCGGCUCCACGCGCGUGCCACUACAGGGCUUCAAAGCACUGCAAGGCUCUACAGGUUCUGCAGGACCAAGACUUUUCACUAUCCACCUGAUCGAUGCCAACACGGACAACCUGCCUAAAGCCCAUACAUGCUUCAACCGCAUCGACAUCCCGCCUUACGAGUCAUACGAGAAGCUCUAUGAGAAACUCCUGACUGCAGUAGAAGAGACCUGUGGCUUUGCUGUGGAGUGAACCCUGCAACCUAAUCCACCGCCCCUACCCUCCUACCCAAACUCAACUCAGCCCUACCUCCCUCACCCACGUAUCACCUUUCUGCACAGUGACGAGAGGCGUCUACCCUCUUUGACAGCAGCCAGCUCCCCUAAGCGUCCCACCUGCCCCCUUUCCCAACCCCCUGGGCCCCCCUUUUCGGUGGAUGAGACUGAUGGUGGACGGCCCCCCACCUCCCCACCGUGCUCUAACCCUGGGUGAAGAGCUGUUCCCCCGGCCAGAGUGACCCUGCAGCAGGGCCGCCACUAGCGAGAGGCUUGGUGCUCAACAAAGCUACCGAGGGACCCAGUUUUAGUAAUAUUUAUUCUGUUGUGUGAUUUUUGGGGAGGUUUUUCUCCCCCCCUUUCCCACACUUAACAUAACAGGUUACAUACCGAUGGAAAACAAAAGAACAAGAAAAUCCGAUCCAUGUUUUAAUGUUUUGUUUGUUGGAGAGAGAGUGACUGAUUGAGGGCAAGCAAGGAGAGAGAAAAAAAACAAACAAGAUAAAGCUUGUGAUGUCCUUGUCACUGAAGCAAUGGGUAUAGUUGUCAGAUUUUUGAUUGUAAGUCGAUCGCCGGAAAAAAAAAAAGAGUUGUGCUGCUUUUAGCUGCCAUAACCAGGCGCUUGCUGCACCCUUUUUUGGUCUACAUGAAGUAGAGGUUGUUUUUAAUCAGCAGUACCUUUUAACACCAUGGCCUUGGACCACAGAACAAAACCUACCUGUCGCAGUCUCACUCGCGUACUGAAGGAGGCCAAGGCCAGUUUUGGGGACUAAUUAUCUGCAACUUAAUCGCAUUCAACACAAAAUUGUAUGAUGUCUACAGGAAUAUAGGUUUUUUUUUUUUUAUUUUUUUUUUUUUUAAAGCUUCCUUCUUAUGGACCUGUCUUAACAGGAUGACUCAUUGGCAUUUCUGUGGUAUCCAUCCAUCCAUAAUACUUGUAUUUUUCUCCCCCUGAUUUUAAUCAUUUAGCCAUUUUUACUUGUAUGGCUUGUUACAGGAUGUUUUUCUUCUUCUUUCGGAGGUGAAAUGAUUGAUGACAUAAAAGCCCUAAUAAUGGGUCUCCCUUUCUUUUGCGACUGGCUGAUUUGACAGCUGCUGCACCAGUGAACAUUGCCUAUCAAGGUGAAGCAAAUCACUUGGAAAAAAGACAUGCCAGUCAUGUGAAAGGAGAAGAAGAAGACGGGAAGCUGGCAACGUCGCUCUACAGAGAGCCUGUCAUCUUUUUUGGCGGACCAAAAUGACUUCAGUAUUUCUUUUUACACAGUGUUCUUUUCUCUCAAAGUCUUUAAACGAAUACUUUCUUUGGUCCCAGUGUUCUAACCAUACUUAGUCACAAAAUCUUGUUGGUGCACUUUUUUUCUUUUUUUCUUUUUUAAAGAUCUCUGCUUUUUAUAAUGUCUGUUAACAUCAACCAACCUCUUGAAUGGCUCGAAUGGUCCUGAAAUUCCACAGUCAUAGGUUUUGUAGAAAUUGAAAACCUGCACCAUCUUUUCGAGUGGCAUUAAUAUCGGUUAAAAAAAACAACAUUUUAUUACUUGGACACUGAUUUUCUGGGGGGUGGGGGGACAACAAUUCUAUGAUGUUCAUGUUACUGCCAUGGUUGUCAAGCAUCUUGCUGUUGUGAAAUUUGGUUCACACACACAGAAAAAUCUGUUCAGUUUAUUCUAUUUUUUCUUUUUCUUUUUCUUUUUUUAACUAACGUGUACCUGUGAAGAUAUCAGUUCCACAGUGUGAUGAUGAACGAUGGUUUUCAUACCUGCAUCCUAAACCACUGUCCGACGUAACAUAAGCUUGCCUGUAGCACUUUCACCGGCACAUACAGUUUUUCUCCCUUUCAUAUUCCUUUCUGCAGACAGGACAUUUAUCUUUGUUUCUGCACAUGUUGUAAAGAAAGGUCGAAGAUUUCAUCAUCAUGUUUAGUGCUUGUCAUGCAUGGCACCAAAUCGUUCCAUUAAUUUGAGUGACGGAAAAAAGAAUGAGCCAACUUGAUAGUUUUUAAGUGUUCUGCAACGCAAAAAACGCAACCACUUUACCUUUUUCUCUUUUUCAACUAAUUAUUUAUUACUAUGUAAUGUCCUUUUAAGUAUUGCUGCUAUUAUCAAUAUUCCCAACCUUUCAGAAAAAGGCUGAUUACUUGUGAAAGCUGUACACUAAUCUACAUUUGUUUUUUUAAUGUAUGAAUCAAAAAGUAUUUAAGAAACUGCUGCUGAAUCCUAGUGAGGUCAGUAGGGUUAGAAGACCUCGAGCCCGAGACCCUAGCUUGGAGCAGUGAUGUAGAGUGGACCCCGGAGGUCAUUUACAUGUAUGAUAAAAUGCAAUAAAAGCAACACCGACACCGUUAUAUUACUGGUUCUUUUUUAACCUGUUUUGUUUUUGUUUUAACUCUGAGAUUGAUCAGUUAUUUGCAGGCCAAGAUGUAUGACUUGUAUGAAUUUGGAAUAUUGGUCUGGUAUUGUCUUUAAUUGUCUUUUUCUUUUUAAAAAAAGAUUUUUAUCCCAUAAAUAAAUUUUUAGGACUUCUAGAUGUCCAGUCUUUGAACUUUUAAAUACCAGGCUUAUUGAAAAUGUUGGAAUGAAGAACGGUGUUGAGGCGAGCAUAAGUGAGUCUUGAGUGAACGCAGAGGUUGGCUUGCUGAUCAAAACUCCCAUCUCUUCCAAGAAAGCCUUCACCCAGUCACGUGACCCAUACUCAUUACAGUCUGUACAACUAUUAGGUUCUUUGUUUAUUGAAUGCAAGAAACAUGUAACUUACUAUGUACUAAACAUUUCUGAAUAAAAGAUUAAAUGUAAAUAAGAUUAUAUUAAAGAAACUAAAUUGAAAAUAUUUACAAA